UCCAGCUAUAAAAGUACGCUAAACAGGCUACCAGCUCGCAAUCAAAUCAGAGCUGUGUCGUCGUCAGCAUCGCGUUCCACCCACCCAAGCACACAAGUUCCGGCGACUAAACCAAAAACUUCAACAUGAAAGCUUCACUAGCCAUUUUAAUUGUGCUCGUGUUUGCCGGCUUAGCAGCGGCCGACAAGCAAUACACCAACAAGUUCGACAAUGUCAAUGUGGACGAGGUGUUGGGAAACAACCGCAUCUUAAACAACUAUAUUAAGUGCCUGAUGGAGAAAGGUCCCUGCACGCCCGAGGGACGUGAGCUGAAACGACUGCUGCCAGAUGCUCUCGAGUCUGAAUGCUCAAAGUGUACUGAUGUGCAGCGUCGCAACUCGAACAAGGUCAUCAACUACCUUCGCGUAAACAAGCCCGGCGAGUGGAAGCUGCUCCUGGAUAAAUACGAUUCGAAGGGCAUUUACAGGGCCAAGUACGAGGCAGCAUCGAAAAAAGGCCAUUAAUACUGCAUCAUAGUUUUCCAAACCAUUUCACAUUAAAAACAAACUUAACUUAAAACACAAUAAAAAUUGAACUUUUUAUACCUAUUUACUGUAAA